AUGAAGUACGCCGAGCCCUGGAUCUAUGGCACUGUACGGGGCAUACCGGCGCGGCCCUCCUACGGCUACCAUCACCAUCACCAGCAUCCCCAUGCGGCGGCCAUCUUUGCCACGGACGGGGGCGGCGACUCGCCCCUGAGGGGGGCCCUGGCAGUGGUGAUCUGUUCGUGCGCCGAGUAUCUGAAUGGCACGAAACGUGACGUGAAGAAGGCGAGCAAGGAUCCCUACGACCUGAUGCGACGCACGCGACUCCUAUCGCCGGAGCCGAGUGCCAGUGUCACCAGCAAGGACUCCCCCAGCAAGGAGGGAAAGUCACGUAGCCGCGAAACGGCCACGGUGUCCACAACGAGGGGUCGCACCCGGACCAGGGCACCGCUGCCCCCGGUAAAGGCAGCAACAGCAGCAACCUCUGCGGCACCAGAACCCGCCGACUGCUGGCUAAUGGAGGACAACGAUGCACUGCUUCAGAGCAGCGGUCUCCAAGGGAGAGCCUCCAGCGCCGGCAGCAGUCGCCGCUCCAUCCUUCGCUGCAACCUGAACGACGACGAGCUGGAGCGCCAGCGGAGCGAGCAGCGGGAGAAGGGGAAGCGCAAGAAGUUCUAUGGGAACAAUGUGGCGGCCAUUGCCGGCCAGAGGAUUAGCCUGGGCAAGGAGAAGCCCAUAGCAAUCGAUCCGUCCGAUUCGAGUGACAGCUAUGAGCGGAUCAUUAUCGCCUCCGCCUCCGCCACCGCCACCUCCUACUCCUGCUCUUCGGCGGAAGCGGUGGCGCAUUCAGCUCCGCCGCCUGUGGUGGGGCCGCGACGUCCGCCCCGCAAUAAAAAAGCUGAUGAGACGGCAGCCAGCCACCCGGAAGCGCCUUUAGCUGCAAUAAUGCCUGUAACUCCUUCAAGGGCGACACCAACUGACGAUGAGAAUGAUGAAGAGAACGAUGAUGGUAACGAUGGCUCCGCGAUGGCCUUUACAGUGCUCACUGUGACGCCCACAAUGCCGGCCAUCAAGUCCAUACUGAAGCGCCGUCCGUCGACACUGGAGUUGCCUUCAGUGCAGUCUCCGCCGCCUCCCGCCGUCCUCCUGCCCGACGGUGGAGUGGCGCCAGUGCUGACGCCUUCGGGCAAGUCACAGUUCUACAUUCCGACGCCAACGAAGGCGACAGCUGCCACGCCCACGGCCACAGCUGCAACAGCAACAGCGAUGGCGAUGGCGAUGGCAACAUCAACACCUACACCCACACCCACGUCCAGUGGCACACCAGGAGCGAAUGGUGCGACGAUGACGCCAACAUCCACAUCGAGUUCACGCAAAAAAGUGCAAUUUAUGGUCGAGGAUAAAAUCAUAGCCACGACAACGGAUACGGCGGCGACAACUGAUGACAGCAGCGAUGCCAGCAAUGCCAGCAAUGCCAGCAAUGCCUUUGUUGGCCCAGCCACUGGGGCGGGAUCUGCUGCUGACGAAGCAACAACAACCAGGACAAACUAUGAGUACUACAAUCGCAAGAGAAAUGCAACAGCAGCAGCAGCGGCGGCGACAGCGGCAGUAGGGAGAGCAGCAGCAGCAGCAGCAGCAGCGGCGGCGGCACAGCAGGAGACAUUUGCGGCUGACGUUGAUGAUGAGCAUAACUUUACAACUUCCGCUGAACCAACAGCAACAGCAGCAGCAGCACCAUCAGCAGUGACAGUGGCAACAGCAACAGCAACAGCAGCAGCAGGAACAGCAGCAACAGCAACAGCGUUGCACAUUAAGCCGGAUAGUUUGCAUUAUGAAGAUGUGCUGCCGCCGCUGCUGUCCGGGCAUCAAAUAUUUGACAAGAGCAACAGCGACAGGAGCAGCGAACCAGCAACUGAAAUGCUGCCAAAAUUAUUAUUGCCAGCGGAGGAGGAUCCAGCAGCAACAGCGGCAUGCCACUCGGGCAUGGGGUCCCCGCAUGUGACUGCAACUGCUGUCAGCAGCGUUUUGCCAGACGGCACCGCCACGACAGCAGCAACAGCAGCAAAAGCAGCAGGAGUGGCCCAAGGAGCAGCAACGGCAAACCAAAAGACGACAGCAGCAAAUCGCGAUUAUGACGAUGAUGACGAGCACAACGACAAGGACGAGAGCAACGACAACAGCCACAGCAGCAGCAGCAGCACCAGAAGAAGCAGCUACAGCAACAGCAACAGCAACAACAGCAACAGCAACGACAACAACGACAUGAAUGGCCAUGGGAUGGAGGACAAGGGCGAAGAGAAGAGGGUGGCAAGGCAGAAGGAUGCGCCUGCCAGGCCUGCGGCAAGUCAAAAGCGUGCGGCACAAACGACACAAUCGCGAAAUCCCAUCAGACGGGCGCACAGCGAACGGCAUUUGUCGACCGCGCCCAUCACCGCCUCCACCGCCGCCACCAACACCGCCACCGCCACGGCCACGGCCGCCAGGAACUCCAUCGCCAGCGCCAGCACCAGCACCAGCACCAGCUCCAUUUCGAAGACGACAACAUCGCCGCAUCCUCGCUCCUCGGCCCCAGCGAGUGGGCCACAGAAUGUCAUUUUAAAUUUUAAGGACACAAUGGCGCUGCGCAUAAAAAGCAACCGCAGCGACUCGAGAGAUUUAUUUCAAAGGCGUCCGACAGAGCCGCCUCCGCCGCCACCCGCAUCGCCCCCCAAGGCACUGACGGAGCCACUGACGGAGACCGCAAAAGGAUUAGAGCUUCCGCCACACGGAAUCAAUAAGUCAGUACCGACUAUGACUCCGACUCCGACUCCGACUCCGGCUCCGGCCCUGAUUCUGACAUCGACUCCGGCACAGCUUCGGCAGAAGCAACAGCAGCAACAGAGGACUGUCGUGCGGGUGGCGCCCUUUAACCAGAGCGGGGAGGGAGCCCACGAAGUGCAUCGCCUGAAAAUCUCGCACAGCGAGGAGGAUGACGAAACCUAUCCGCACACGGAUGUGGGCGUGCAACUGCGCCGCAAGCCGAGCACCAGGCUGCACCUCUCGCCCGAGGAGGAGGCGACUCCCAAGAAGACGUCGAUACUGAUUAGCGGCGAUGACUGCUACUCGACAAUGAAUCUCAGUGCGGACGCGGCCCAGCCCCUGUACCAGUCCUCGGUGGUGGUCAACAGCCAGGCGGUGAGCACCGGCGGGGUGUGCAUCAACGUGAGCAGCGCCGAGGAGGAGGAGCAGCAGCUGAAUCACCUGAAUACGAUGCGGAGCCAGCAGAUGAUGGGCACGGGCCUGGGCACGGGCACGGGCAUCGCCAUCAUACCCAUCCGCAGCAGCGAGAUCAACUUGCAGCGAUCCGUGUCGUGCAUCUCCUCCACCUCGAGCAGCUCCACGUCCAGCAGUGGCAGCUCCAGCGGCAGGGGGCGCACCCUCAUCCGCCUGGACUACGAGAGGGAGAGGACUGGGGCGGGCACCAGCACAACGCCCAUCAAUACGCCGCCGGCCAUCAGCUCGACGCCAGCCACGCCGCCGCCGCCGUCGCCGACCGACAGCUCGAGUCCGAGUCCUCUCGUGCAGCACGAGACGGAGCUGCUGAAGAUCCUGCGGAAUCCCGUGGAGGCAGUGAAGCGCAACCUGGUGCCCCACGUGUGCGGCCUGCGCUCGGCGGGUGGCGACACCGGUCGCGCCAAGAAGAUGCAGGAUGCCGUGACGACGAUUGUGCCGCGCAGCUGCCCCAAGGAGGGCAGCUUCAUAGCCAAGCUGCUGCAGGACCCGAUGCUGGGCCAGGUGGCCGAGGGCCUGGAGACGGAGACGGUGGCCGAGCUGAUCGAGAACUCGCUGCAGCGGCUGCAGCAGGCGCGCCAGGCCAUCGACAUGAGCGGCACCAAAGACCACGACGACAUGAAUCGUCUGAUCAGCGCCUCGCUGCAGCGGAUCCGCUCCGAGCGGACUACCAAAGAGGAGGAUCGCCUCUCCAAUCGGGGCAGCAUCAGCUCCGCCAACAGCUUCGCCUCCGCCCACAACUACGAGCUGUUUGACUUUGCCGGCGGCAACGAGUCCGACUGCUACCAGAGCUGCUCCAGCGUGCUCACCGCAUCCGGAAUCCUCGAGGAGGAGCAGGCGCAGCAGCCUCAGCCUCAGCCUCAAAAGGAACCCGAGCUGGAGGCCGAGCCGGAGCUGGAUGCAGCCACACGAGCCAAGUUCUAUCAGCUGCUGGUGGAUGCCACUCUCGCCGAGAUCGAGCACUCGACGCACACGGAGCCGGGGGUGGAGGCCGAGCACCACUACGAGUCCAUCCGGCUCAAUGGGGAUCCCAUCUACGAGGAGAUCAACGAAAAGCCGCCGCCACUGCCGCUCUCCGCACCGCCCCUGAACGAUGCCGAGCUGGAGAAGAAGGCGGCCCGGUCAAUCUUCGAGGGCGCCUCCAAGUACGACAUCCUCUCGUACCUGGUGGACGCCAAGGAGCGGGGCCUGGCCCGCGAGGAGAGCUUCGACUACAGCAACAACCCGAAGAUCAUCGAGGAGGAGGCCACGGACACGCUCAGCGAGCUGGACAAGCGCGUGGAGGACCGGGACAGUGGCCAGAGCAACAUGAACUCCCUGUCGCCGCCACCGCACAGCUUCAUAUGCGGCGGCGGCGGCGGCGGCGGUGGCCUGGGCGGCGGAGGCAAGUGCGGCAGCGACGUGGAGCGGCAGGACUCCGGGGUCGGCUCGGAGACGAGCAAAUCGUCGCGCAGCAAGUACCAGGCCACGCCCACCGUGCUGCACCUGUGCGAGGACUGCGACGGAGCGGUGGAGAUGCAGGUGGGGGAGGCGGGCGUGCUGUACGCGCCGCUCGUGUGCCGCAAGUGCGGCAAGAAGCGGGUGGAGCGCAAGGAGAUCAUCACGGAGAUUGUGGAGACGGAGGAGAAGUACGGCCGCGACCUGCAGAUCAUCCUCGAGGAGUUCUGCCACCCGAUGCUGGUGGCCGGCCUGCUCACCCAGGAGCAGCUCUCCGCAAUCUUCCUCAACACGGAAGACUUGCUCGAGAACAAUCAGACGCUGGCGGAGCGGAUGCGCGACGCCCUGGACAUGUCCCUGGAGCAGGGCGACGACGACCUGCUGACGGUCAACAUCGGACGCAUCUUCCUCGACUUCACGCAGAUGCUGCACGCCUUCGAGAGCUACUGCGUCCGGCAGGCGGGUGCCAGCCUGCUGCUGGCCAACCUCGAGAAGGAGAAGGAGCUGUUGCGCAUCUUCCUGAAGGUCUCCCAGAUGGAGAACGCCGUACUGCGGCGCAUGAAUCUCAACUCCUUCCUGAUGGUGCCCGUCCAGCGCGUGACCAAGUACCCCCUGCUGCUGGCGCGUCUCUACAAGGUGACGCCCUCGCAAAUCGACGGACGUGAGCUGCUGAAGCAGGCCCAGGAGAAAAUCGAGCUGCACUUGAACCACAUCAACCAGGAGGCCAAGGAUGUGCCCACCAAGCUCUGGCGCCGCAUCAGCUCCUCCAGCCCCAACCGGCGGGCCUCCUGCGAAAUUGAUAUGAUAAACAUCAAGCUGCGCAAAAUGGCCAUCGACGUGCUCGAGUGGAAUCACGAUGAGGUCCGCUUCGCCAUGGAGGGCAAGCUCCUCUACACCCAGCCGACGGACAGCAACUGGAAGAAGGCGCGCACCAUCAAGCUCACGCCGGUCAACGCUCUGCUCGUGACCAAUGGCAAGCCAAGUGCCAAUUAUAGGGCAGAGAAGGCCAUGUCGGAUAAACUGAAUUUCCCGAAGCACACGGGCAUACGAGAGGCCUCCCUGCUGCUGGUGAAGGAGAAGUGCGGACGCUACACGCUGAUCCGGGAGCCCCUCUAUCUGGACAGAUGUGUGGUGUGCAGCGAAGCGGAUUGGGAUGAUUAUUUCGAAGUGCAGGAAAUUUCAUCGAAGGACACAUUCAUAUUCAAAGCCGAGGAUGGGGUACGGACCAAGCAGUGGUACACUCAGAUGCAGUACCAUGCCCAGGGCAUGGGGGCGUGGCGCAAGCGAAGAAACGCCCUGGCCAACAUCAUGAUCAACGGAAUGCUGGCCCGCAGCUAGCAGGAGUCCAUCCCGUCCGGUCAGGACCCAUCCUUCAGCAAACCGCAGCACAGCACAGCACAGCACACACGCGUGAAACCACAUUCUGCCGGUGCGACAGAUGAUGAUGGAUAACAUACACAUACACUCCCACACAUACACAUACAUAUACGUACGAGUAGGAGUACGAUUACGAUUACGAACAAUAACAAUAACAAUGGCAUAACAAUAAAACUGAACAAUUGGUUAUGCAUUUAAUAAUGUAUUUAUGCGCUAUUAACCAACAAGCAAUUUCGUAAUUAUUUUUUAAGUGAUAAACAAUUGAAUCGAGCACGCAUAACGCUAGUUAGUGUCUACAUAAUACCUAUGCCUACAUAUGCCUACACCUAUA